AUGCAUGACAUUGAAUAUUUGCUGAAGUAUCUGCUGGAUAGCACAACCUUGAGAAUAGAAAAGCUAGAAGACAUCACAAGCUUGCAGCAGGCUGCAGCAUUUGAAAAGAAAUUUGGGGACACAAAGAGAAUCAAGGCAUUCUGCAUGGAGAUUGGUCCUGUAACCUAUUUUCCUGUGUUUGGGGUUCCGCUUUCCCGGGACUCCAUCACCCAUAAGGUUAAGCUCUGCUCGGUUGCUGUUGGAGAAUCAAUCUAUGUAUCUAAGGAGUACGUCAAGCAGAUGAAUCCUCCAGGACAUUACAAUUCCUUCAUUACAAGUGAUAUAGGAUAUCAGGUGGGGUUCUUGUCGGAUUCACAAGCAGACGUGAAAAACUAUUGGUAUGCCAUUAAGGAUCCAAGCAGGAUUCUACCUCUUUUCGACAUAACCUUUGAAUAUGAUUCUGAAUUGGAGAUGAGAUCGAAGGGAAGCUUUGUGUGUGAUAGAUGUCGUGUAAACCAGUCGAUAUCUUUCUGUCCUGCGGAAAGAGCUAGCUUCUGCGGGGAAUGUGAUGAGGAGGUUCACAGCGACCAUUUCCUUAAAAGACAUGUGAGAUAUUACUUUAACGAAGUGGGGAAGAAGAAAUUUAUUUACUGUGCAAGCCACAUGGAUACAAUGGUGGACUACUUCUGUGAAGAAUGCUUUAUUCCUGUCUGUACUAAAUGCAAAAUAAGCGGAAACCAUUCGGAACUCCCGAACGGAUCACAUAGCCUUCUGAAUUACGUAGAAGCCUGUGAUAGGCUCCAGGAGAUUUUGAAGGUAGGAGAAGUCCGACUAGUCGAGGAAGAGAGAAAACUCAAAGAAAGCAUAAAUGAGUUCAAAAAGAAUGUUGAGGAUUUCCAAAACAAUAUUAGUAGCCUGAGAGAUAAAAUUGAAAGUGAAUAUAGAAAUGCCAUGAAUGAAUUGCAUGCAUUUGAAAAGAAGGAAUUCCAGGUUAUAAACACCCAUUACAUCUCUUAUCUUAGCAGAUUGGCAGAGCUUGAAAGGAUGAGGGAAUACCCUUCUGGCCUCGAACCUUCGCAGCUUCUUAGGACUUUCAAGAGCGUUACAAUACAGAGGGAAUCAUUGACCGAAAGUACGGCCGGAGAAGUUUUUAAGCCUGCUGAAAUAUCAUUGAAGGGCCAUCUUACUCUUAAAGACGAGGAAAACUACAUCACAAGAAAAGGAUAUUCCCCAAGAAUGGAAAAGAGCACCCAACUCUAUGUUGAGACAAGAGGAAUCAACGUUAAUUCGCACGGGAAAAGUAAGUAG